UCUGGCUGAAGCCUGGCACACAUCCCCGGGCAUUGCCCGCGUCCGCGCGGUUGCCAUGCUUGCGGGCGGAUAUGUAGCUCCUCCGCUUGCUGAGAAGCUGGAUGCCUGGCACUUCUCCAAUUCAGAAGAUGGUCCGGUGCCCGCCAACGUGGCUGCUGCGCUCGCAGCACAGGCCAUGGGCUUCGCACCUGCAGUUCUGCGAGACGAAGGAAUACCAUUGCGGGAACUUGGGGUGCAUGCAGCGCCCCGUGCUGCUUCUCCAGCGCGCCUUUUGAGCUGGACAGCCCCACCAUUGUCGCCACGGAAGGGGGUAGAGAUGAGACAGGCAAACCCGGUGGCAGAUCAAGAAAAGAGCAGGUCAGAGCGACUUGUCAAUUCUGUGGAGACAGCGGAGAAAGCCAGCUUUCAGGACACAACCCAUGCACUUGUUGCAGAAGGGUCACGGCUUCCACGGCCUAUGGUCCAGGUGGCCAUUCGAUGCCCAAAGGAGAUCUGCUCGUUCACCGAAACAUGAUUUCAAGGGAUCAGGAGGAUAGACUUGUCCGACCACCAACAGCCAACAGUGAUUGCCUGCUGAAAAGACUUGUUCAUCGGGUCAAUGCAACUGAUUCUGCCUUUCCAUUGUUCUUUGCAAAAAAGAACAUCAAUUCAGGCUAGGCCUAGGGUCUAGGGCCUAGGGCGACAGCAGAGCUGUCAGGAUGGACGAACACCAGAAGCGAAGCGACUUGAGGAGCGUGAAAGAAGCUACCAGCGGC